AUGCGUAAUAACCAGAGUAACAGAAAUUUAAUGAGAAAUCAAUCAGAUAAAGGACCUUUUCUUGAAAGAAAUAGACCAUCUGGUCCUGGUAUCCAAACUUUAGAAGUUAAUGGUGCAAGAGAGAUGCAUGCUUCAAUUGUUAAGGCUAGAGGUCCACCAAUUCAACGUGUUACUAUCCCAAACACUGCUACCACCAUUGCUGCUUCUUCUACUUUGUCAUCUUUUUCCUCUUCUAUCAGGCCUAACAGCAUGUAUAGUACAAAUACCACUACUACCAGUGUUAAAACAUCCUCUUCAAUGCAAAAGAAAAUACGCCAUAAAUGUAAUAGUAUAAAUAACCCCGCAUGUUGUCAUUGCGGGAGCGUAAUUAUUCCCUCUCCUAUGGCACGAAUGCCAUUAGAUGAUUCACCAUCCAUUACAGUGGAUGAUAAAUGGACUAUAUCGUGUAAGAAAUAUCCUAUUUUGAAUGCACAAGAAAUUCAGAAAUGGGAAAUGGAAUCAAUCUUGCCAUUACCCGAAAUGAUAUUUGGUAAUAACAAAAUAAACAUUAAAUUUUUCGAGGAGGGAAAAGAUAAUGGAGUGGAAAUUGAUUUUAACGCAAUGGAUGCUUUACGGACUGUUUCGUUACAAGAUACCGGUAUUAGAGUCUCCUAUGCUAAAAAAUGGCAAGAUAAUAAGAAAAAGGGACAACAAGCAGAUAAACAGGAUGAUUUAUCUAACAUACAAAAACAAUAUGAUUGGACCUAUACUCCUAUUGACUAUAAGGGGUUGGUUAAGUUUUCAAAAGAAAAUACCCAUUCAUUUACAUUAGAUAACGAUUACCAAUUGCCAAUUGAUAAAUUAAGUAGACCAGAUCCUAUUCUAUUUUAUGAUGACAUGGUUUUAUAUGAGGAUGAAUUAGCAGACAAUGGCAUAAGUGUAUUAAGUGCCAAAAUAAGGGUUAUGAACGAAAGACUAUUAUUAUUGUGUAGAUUUUUUCUUAGGGUUGAUGAGGUACUAUUUAGAGUUCAUGAUACUAGAAUCUAUAUAGAGUUUGACGAAAAAGUAGUUGUUAGAGAAUACAAAGAAUUUGAAUGUGAUUAUGCAACUGUUUUAUCGAAAUAUUUGGGUACAAAGGACCCUAAAUUGGCUUUAAGAGACAGCAAUGCUGUUAUCCAACAUUUGCCGUUGAUCAAGAGAGAAUGUGAAACGUUGAGAUUAUAG